CGGUUUUGUUUCCCGUUGUUUUCCUCUGGGCCGCAUUUCGAGGUGAAGACCUAUACACUUCUGUUGUUUUUCCUUUAUGAAUUUAUUGUCUUUGUAUUAUUCUGAAACUUUUUUUUUUAAGUAAAACGAAACCAUAUUUUUUGUUGACUUUCAAAACAAGUCUCAGAGUGAGUUUUUCCUAGAAGUAUCUUAAUUUUAUGGUAGUUUAGAUAUUUAUACUAAGCAAAAGCCCAAUGAAACAGACCCAGGACUGAACUGCAUCGGACACCGCUGAGGACCCUGAAACAACUUCUAACAGCUUUGACCUACAGGUUCAGGCACGAUGAACAGCAUUGUUCCCAAGAGCAAAACUAAAGGCACUGACUUUUGUGGAAUGGGCGACUGGAAUUAUUAUAUAAUCCGCUCAGAUCUCGGCUGCUUUAUGCAGUCAAAUAAUUUAAAUAGAGGUUAUAACGUCUCUAUUUUCAGUCUGCACCCUUCCUGCCAAAAUGGAGACUAUUACAUUGGCGAUUGGAAUGGCAACUUUUACAUCAUCAAGGGCAAUUCCUACCGCAGAGUUAAGAACCUGACGACGGACAGCGAUGCUGAAGUUUUCACUCUUCAUCCCAACUGCCAGGGUGGAGACCACUAUCUUGCAACCACUAAGUAUUUUUACAUCAUCUUCCAAGAAAAGGGCACUUAUAGAAGAACAACAGACAUGAAUCACGACUCAGAAGGUACAGAAUACAACCUGCAUCCCAACUGCAAAGACGGCCUCUAUUACUGGGGCGUACAACAUCUACUCUCCUUCAUCAAGCCCGUCUCAGAUUGGGGAGUUGAGUUCUACAGCGGGACCGACCUCAACAAAGAUGAGUGUGUUGGUGUCUAUUCUUUUCAUCCUGAUGUUCUUAACUUCCUUCCUGGUGGGCUGACAGUAACUAAAGGCCCAGCCUUUGGCGUUUGGGAGAAUAUUAAAACUGUAACUAAUGACAGCAAUACACCAGUGACAUGGCGAAAGAAAGUCAAUAAAAAGGUUGGUUACAAUAAGGAGAAGAUGACCCAGAUCACACACAACUGGAAGAUAUCCUCGUCAGUCACAUGUCAAUCUGCAGAGCUUGCAGCGUUAAUCGCGAAGGUUCAGUUCACCUUUUCUGCAGAAUAUGUAGAUUCACACGUCAGCACUGAAAAGCAAAGCUGGAACGAAGCGACUGAGGAAGAAGAACAACUCUCAUUUGAGCUGAAGCCAAACAAGUCUGUCUAUCUGUGGCAGUACAAACUGGGUCUCGGUGAAGAACCAGUGCUGUUCUGCCGUGAUUUAAAGAUUACAGAUGAUCCAAACCCUCCGACUGGAGUCCCGCUGCCGCCCGUUAAAUCAUGAAAACAUAUCAGUUUAACUCCAAGAAUAAUCAAGUGCUUCACUUAAAUACUGUACUGUACCUUCAUUAUAACUUUUCAAGCAAUCAUUUAUAUAUCUGCAAACAUUGCUUUUUUGUUUAAUAAUGAGUUGCAGUCAAUGUAAUUACAAAUUACAUCACUAUCCAUUGUGGUAUUAUUGAAACUUUGUUUUUAUGAUAAAAAGAAACUGACAUAAACCUACUUAAAUCUCAUGAAAUUCCUUCUUUAAAUCUCACACAUGUAACCCACUGCAAAUCUUUCAAUAUGGAGGCUUUAUCCAGCUUUGGUAAAGUUUUACUAGAAAAGAAAUGCAUGCUUAGUCUAUAUCAUGUAGAUGUAGUCAUAGACAUUUUCGUAACAUUCUAGUCUAAAGUGUUUUAUUCACAAGUCAUAAAAAGCGCUGCAUUCUGUAAUCAUGCAUUUGGCUUAAUUAAAAGCUUUUUUCUUUUCACAUAUUUAUAGCCAUUUGGAUUUUGCUUUCAAUAUGCUAAAUUAGGGCUGAAUACUGCUUUUAAUGUAUAGGGGCUUUAUGUAGAACUCAGGAACACUUUCUUAUGCUUGUCAGACUGUACGAACAUGAUCCUCAAAGUGUAACUUUCUGUAAUUUUAGUGUACCAUAAUGGAACAAUAUGUAAAGUUUGGGGAAUAAAGGGGUAACAACCAGGAGAAUUAACACAUUUUUUAUACUGUAAGUAUUUUAGAACUAAGGGGUUCUUAUUUUACUAUUUUGAUACAACAAUCAAACAUUUGGACUGGAAGCAAUUUAGCGACAGCAUACACUGCGUACCUUUUUGUAAUAAUGGUGUACCAAUACUGCAUAGGAUUUUUAAAAAUUACAGGGUACAUGUACGUAUUUUUUAUAGCAAAAGUUUAGAUGUCUGGUAUACAUGUUUCGAGGCAAGUAAAGUUAAAACUAUUAAAAAUAAAAUAAAUACUGGGAAAUAGUCUUGUUCCUGUUACUGUUUGACUCUUUGUUUCCCCUUUUUCUUAGUGUUUUGGUUUAGUCCCAUUCAGUUUUCCCGCUCCUCGUUUGUCGUCAGUUUAUUCACCUGUGUUUAGUUAAUUAGCGUCAUCCAUGUCUUCUAUUCAUCAUUGUCUUCAGUUUCUGUAUUUAAUUUCCCUCUGUUCAGUUUUGUGCGUGAUCUUUCUGCCAGCCUGCCUGAACCUGUUUAUUAUUUUCAUUUUUUGAGUAAAUCUUGGAAUUGGAGCUUUUGCCUCAGCCUGCUUUCUACCUGCCCACACCCGUGACAGUUCCAUGUUACAGGGUAAGUCAAAUAAAAAUACAUACACAAUCUAAUAUCACUGACUCGGAAAACUUUAUUUGAAAAACAACUUAUUACAGUUGAUCUGAAGUGAUUUGUUUUGUAGUUUGUAAAUUACAAUACAAAUAUUGUAAUUUUUCUUACAGACACCUAUCUUUCCCUUCAGAAGACAUUGAUCCACCCAUUCGUGGUCGUUUGGAUUACUACAGUUAUUGCAGUAUGUGCUGAUUGAUGCUC